AUGCGUGGUCCAAAGGUCUACGAUAACUGGAUCGGUAACAUGUGGAACAAUUACAAGCUCCGCUGCCCUGAUGGAACAGUGUGGCAGGUUGGUAAGAAGAUCAGUGAGAAAUCUCUCUAUACUACUGAUCUCAGUGGUGGAAAAUGCCCAGCAGAAGCAGAAGCUCAAGCUGUCUAUCACUGCAUCCAAGUUGUUCAGGGUGCAGUUACUCAGCAGAGAGCUAUCAUGAAAGUUCGAAUGCAGUAUGUAGUAAUACAUGUGGACAAUUUAGUUUACACAACCAAUAUUUGGGAUAGGGUCCCUCCCAUCAAUAUGUCCAAUCUCAGUCUUCAGGCUAGGGCAGAAAUAGCUCAGAAACAACCAGCAUUCUGGACACAGUUUGAGGUGCAUGCUCUAAGACAUUUCAAUGCAAAAAAAUGCACCACAGUACCUAAGCUGUUGAACCUGGUUGCAACAUUACAAAAUCAUUCAUAUACACCUGUACCAAAUGGCUACUUGAUAUUUUUGGUCAUGGAGGAGCUUCCUGGCGUGCCUUUGACUGGUUUCUGGAAGUAUGGCCGUCUCAAACGAGACAAGAUCCGAGCUUCAUUCCUAAGAAGUCUUGAGUAG